UUUUAAAUACAUCUUGAACAUCGUAAAAUAUCAAAUAAGACAACAAAAAAAACCGGAAGGACAAUUCAAAUGGGAUGUUGUUUGAUGGAGUCUUCUCAAUUGAAAUCUCCAUUAAAGAGUGAGCUUUCUCUCCUCCAUUGAAGCAGCCACUGAGGGAAGCUUUUUAAAGAUUUGCCAAACAUCAGAAAACCUGAGAGUUUCCUCUUGCAAUGGAAGAUCAUAAUUCUGCCUCAAACCCAACCUCAAUGUAUGACCAAUCCGUUGAUCCGGCGCUUCAAAAGAAGCGUCAAGCAAUGAUUGAUCGCCUUUCUAACCGCCACCAAGCUCGUGUCCGGAGCAAAGAGUCGGAUUCAUCUCCAUCAUUUGAGUCUACUGAUACAUUUCUUGCUCGGUUUUCUGACCUCCAGCAAUCAAUUGUGUCUGAGAUUGAUAAAAUUGAACAAGCCCCUGAGUCUUUUGCCAAAGGGGACCUUGAUAAUGUCUCUGCUUUAAUCAAUGAUCUUGAGAAGUUGCUUGCAGAAAAUACCUACCAUUUGCCUUCCUAUGACGUUCGUGCCUCUCUCAAGACUAUCUCUGACUUGAGAGAGUCCCUUGAUAAGGUGGCAGUAAAACUGGUUCCAAAGAAGAAAUUUUCUUUCAAAACUAAAGCUGCAAAGCAGAAUCAAAAGGCCAUUGUUGAGGAACAACCCGAAGUGGUGGUUUCUGGUGACAAAUCUUGUAUUGUGUUUGAUACUCCGGGGUUUAAGAACAGGGAAAGAGAGGUUCUGGUGGAGAAUUUGAAGGGGAAGGACAUGGGGGAGUUUACAUUGUCAGACCUUGGUUCUUGUGAGGUGAGGCUGAUAGGUAGAUCGAGGGCAGUAUUCAUUCAUCGGGUAAGGAAUUGCAAGGUUUAUGCAGGGCCUGCUCUGGGUUCUGUACUGAUAGAUGAUGUUGAAGGGUGUGUUUUCGUGUUGGCAUCGCAUCAGAUAAGGAUUCAUAAUGCUAGGAAAUGUGACUUUUACUUGAGGGUUCGGAGUCAUCCCAUUAUUGAGGAUAGUAGUGAGGUGAGAUUCGCUCCCUAUUGCUUGCAAUACGAUGGGAUUGAGGAAGAUUUAAGGGAGUCAAGACUUGAUGAAGAGACUGGGAGUUGGGCAAAUGUUGAUGAUUUUAAGUGGUUGCGUGCUGUGCAGUCUCCUAAUUGGUCUGUCCUUCCAGAACAUGAACGAAUUAGCUCGUUGCAUGUAUCAAUUUCUGAUAGCUGAUGUGCACUGUGCAGAAUGGUAUUGUUGUAGCUUACUUCAAGAUGAAUUAGUUUGGAGAAGAUCUUUGGAGGUGGACUUGGAGAAGGUACUUGCUCAGUUGCUCUAGUGAGAAUGACACUCAAUUUUCUGAUUUUUGAGCGCAGUUAUCUCCUAGGACAGUAUAUCUUUAUCUAAGGUAGCAUUCAAAUGAGACAUAAGACGGGACACAAAAUGGGAUUGGAAGUCUCUAUGAGUCUACGACACAUGCUUCGUUCAGUUUGAAGAUGCACGUAUUAGGUUUUUCAUGUAAUUGGUCUUCCCUUGGCCAAUUUUUACAUGGAGAGCAUGUUGUCAUUAAAGAACUAGCCGUUGACAUUUUCUAAAAGAGCUGAUGGCUGAUACUUUGAUGGCGUCAGUAGAUUUGCUAGUGAAGGUUGAUAGGGAUAUUAUUCUAUAUUUCAUAAUGCAAGUAAAAGUUGAUGGGAGAAAUAUUCUGGGUUCUAUGAACGUGGCCUCUACUAACCAACUGUACUCUCCCACUUUCUUUUUCUGCCUGUCUGCAUUUGUUCCUUUUUUUUUUCCCGAAUAAUUUUUUGUUGUUUCUUUUGUGUCAAUGUUAACUCAUCUAUCAUUCUCUACCUAAAUUCAUUUCUGAAUUUGUACGACAUUGAUCAUGACCAAUUUGUUACAUGAAGGAAUUGAUGUUUGACGAAGUAACCAAUUAUGAACUUGUUCUGAUCGCAUAUGAAUGAUAAAC